AUGUCCUCAGUCUCCGUCCAAGAGGGCUGGCAAGCCUGCUCGAAAACAGACACCCUCUUCGUGCUGGUCUGCACCGUCAUCUGCUGGACGAUCGUGCCCACGGUCGGCAUCGCCUACAGCGGCUACGCGUGGAAGCGCAACGCCCUAUCGGCCGCCUUCCCGGCCGUGCUGACCAUCGCGACCUGCUCGAUCCAGUGGUUUGUCGUCGGCUACACGCUGGCCUACGGCGAGGGCGGCGGCCGUUUUGUGGGAGGGCUGGGGAAUGCCUUCCACCGGGGGGUGCUCGCCGAGCCCGUGGGCACCAUCCCUGCGAUUUUGUUUAGUGAGUUCCAGCUUGUGUUUGAGGCUACUGUUUGCGCCAUUGCAGUCGGCGGGUUCUGUGAGAGGGGCAGGCUGUGGCCAGUUGUGGCUUUUAUUGCCCUUUGGUCGACGUUUAUUUACUGUCCCUUGGCGCACAUGGUUUGGGGUGGUGGCUUGCUCGGGGAGGACCUGGGGGUGCUGGAUUUCGCCGGGGGAACUCCGGUCCACGUUUGCUCCGGAGCGACGGCCACGGCUCUGGGUGUCUACCUGUCGUACCCGGUAUUCCGCUCCCGGAAGUCCCAGAUCCGGACUCCAACGCACAUCCGGCUCCACAGACCCGGCAACUCCUUCUAUCAGCUGCUGUCCAUGAUCAUCAUCUGGGGGUCGUGGCUGGCGUUUGAUGCGGGCACUACGCUCGCACUGAAUUUCCAGUCGGUCAUGGCUCUCUGCGUGACCAACUUGUGUGCCUCGGCCGGUGCCUUGACAUGGGCCUGUAUGACCUUCUUCGAGACGGGCAAGUGGUCCAUCGACUCGACUUUCAUGGGUGCCAUAUCGGGCCUCGUCAUGAUCACGCCCGCCGCCGGCUUUAUUGACAUGCCGACGGCCUUCUUCUUUGGCGUGUUCGGUGCGCUCCUGUGCCGCCAGGCGCUUCGGAUCAAGUUCACCAAGGGCGCUCAGCGCUGGCGCUGGGUAGACAACGGCGACACAUUCGCGACGCAUUGCAUCGGUGGGAUUGCGGCCACCAUCUUCACCGGACUGUUCGCGCAAAAGAAGGUGGCGGCAUACGGAGGUCUUGACAUCCCGGGCGGCGUCUUCUUCGACGGUAAUAUCCGACAGCUCGGCGUCCAGAUUAUCGAAGUGCUUAUCGGCCUUGGCUGGUCCUUCUUCGGAUCGUACAUCAUCAUCGCCCUGAUCGACUGCGUGCCUGGUCUCGAGGUUCUCGCUGUCGAUAAACAUAUCCACGAAGGACUCGACCUCCACGAGACGGAGGAAUCCCUGGGGGGACUUGAAUAUCCCGACGACGCUGAUUAUGCGCCGACAGACAAAGGUACCAUCGCGCUGGACUAG